GAGGUUAGAAGAAUCGGAUGUUUUUUUGCCAACAACGGUCUUCCCCACUGUGCCAAAUCUGGUGAAAACAUCAGAACCUAAUCCGGAUCAUCAAACCACCAUCUGUAGCACCUGGGGAAAUUUUCACUUCAGGACCUUUGAUGGUCAUUUCUAUCAGAUGGCUGACACAUGUAACCACAUUCUGGCUGGGAUGUGUGACACACAUGUCUCAGAUUUUAACAUCCAAAUGCAAAGAACGAUUGUGAAUGGCUCGGUUACUUUCACCUCAGUCAAAUUAGAGCUGGAGGGGACGUCCAUCAAAUUUAGUCAAGGCAAGAUCUUCAUGGACGACCAAGAGGUAUAUAUUCCCAUGAGUCAGAAUGGAAUUAAAAUCGAGGGAAGCUCUUCGAGUGUUAAGGUCUCCAAAUAUGGGGUGACUGUUUUUUGGGAGGAAGAAGAUCACUCUAUGGUGAUUGAACUCGCUGAGAAGUACCGAGGUCAGACAUGUGGACUCUGUGGAAACUUCAAUGGCAACACGACUGAUGACGUAAUUGUAACAGAUCCAGAGACGUGGAAGGUGUCCACAUCAGCUGAACCCUGUGAAAAAGUUCCACUUCCCCCCAGCGAUCAGUGUGAAAACCAGGUUGACAUUUGUAAGCAGUAUCUGGAGAGUUCAGGGUUUGAUGACUGUCGCCCUCUGAUGGACCUGAGUUCAUUUGAGAAAGUUUGCGCAGACGACCUUUGUCAAUGUCCUGGCAAUCAAGACUGUGUCUGCAACACGCUUACAGAAAUAUCACGACAGUGCACGCAUGCUGGUGGCAGGCCCGGAACGUGGAGAACAGACAAUCUAUGUCCAAAGACAUGUCCACUAAACAUGGUAUACAUGGAGUGUGCUGGCCCAUGCAAAAACACCUGCUCCGCCCCAAAUGGAACCCUGCUGUGUACAGAUCACUGUACAGAUGGCUGUUUCUGCCCUGAGGGCACUGUGGAAGACAACAUUGGUAACAGUGGUUGCGUUCCUUUAAACAAAUGUCCAUGUAUGCACGACGGCACAAUAUACCAGACUGGAGAGUCAUACGAGCAAGCGUGUAAAAAAUGCGAGUGUGCUGCUGGAUACUGGAGUUGCACGGAUCUGGACUGUCCUGGAAUCUGCUCUGUUGUGGGAGGCUCUCACAUCACCACCUAUGAUGGAAAAACUUACAGCUUUAAUGGCAACUGUGACUACAUCUUCACUAAGCACUCUAAUGAUAGCAGUAUCGCUGUUGUUGGAAAUCUGGACAAGUGUGAGCCGAGCCGAACAGACAUGUGUUUGAAUUCUGUUACUCUGGUCAUGUCAGAGACCAUAGUGACCACUGUACUUGUUUCGUCCAGUGGGACUGUCACGCUAAAUGGAAUCAGUCCAGAUAAGUUUCCAAUAAUCACAGAGCAACUGGUCCUCUUCCAACCCUCAUCAUCCUUCAUUAUCGCUGAAACAAAGAGUCUUAGUCUAAAGAUCCAAAUUUCUCCAAUCAUGCAGGUGUAUAUUGUAGCCAGCACCUCAGAGAAAGGCAAAUUGAGUGGUCUGUGUGGGAACUAUAACGGUGUCCAGAAAGAUGACUUUAAAACAGAUUCAGGCAUUAUAGAGGGAACACCAACAUCCUUUGUCAACUUUUGGAAAAAAAACCCAUACGGUUGUCCAGAUGUUGAAAACACAUUUGAUAACCCCUGCAGUCUGAGAGUGGAAACAGAAAAACUGGCAAAAGACUGGUGUUCCCGUCUGACGGAUCCAAAUGGAAUCUUCUCCUCGUGUCAUUCAGAAAUAACUCCUGACAUUUACUAUCAAAACUGCGUUUAUGACACCUGUAAGUGUGCUGAUAUUGAAAAGUGUAUGUGUGCUGCCCUCUCCGCCUAUGCCCAUGCAUGUGCCGCAAGAGGGAUUAUUCUUCACGGAUGGCUGGAUUCAUACCCCUGUGACGAAGUGUUCGAGUGUUCAGAAAAUAUGGAGUACUCCUACAAUGUGACCGGUUGUAGCAAAACCUGUCGUUCUAACUCUAAGACCGACUACAUCUGCAAAAUGUCUACACCUGUGGAAGGCUGUGUUUGUUCUGAAGGGACUUACCUAAACGAUGCAGGCGACUGUGUGAAUGCUGACCAGUGUCCUUGUUACUAUAACAACCUGCUCAUAGAGCCAUCAGGAUUAAUAAACAUUGAUGGUGCCAACUGCACCUGCACUCUCGGCAAAAUACACUGCUACAGUCCAGAAGACUGUGUGGCUCCAAUGGUCUAUGUCAAAUGUUCAAUUAAUGAACAUGGAAAAACAGGAACAGAGUGUCAAAGGACAUGCCAGAACCAAGAUCCAAAUAACUGCGUCAGCACAGGUUGUGUAUCAGGUUGUAUGUGCCCAGAUAACCUGCUAGCCGAUGGUCAAGGUGGCUGUGUAGAGAAGGAAAACUGUCCCUGUUUUCACAAUGGAUUAACUUAUUUACCUGGGGAUGAGAUUCAAGAUGAAUGCAACACCUGCAAAUGCACAAAAGGGAUGUGGAGUUGUACUGGUAAAGAUUGUUACGGCACCUGUACCAUCUAUGGUGAAGGACAUUAUAAGACUUUCGAUGGAAGAAAAUAUUUUUACCACGGAGCCUGUGAAUACAUCUUAGCACAAGAUUACUGCAACAUGGGGGAGAGUCAAUACUCAUUACGUAUUGUUACAGAGAACAUUCCCUGUGGCUCCACCGACUCCAUUUGCUCCAAAUCUAUCAAUGUUUUCUUUGGGAGAUUCAAGGUGGCUUUAUCUGAAGUGGAUGGAGUAAAAGUUGUUGAAACCAAUGGAACUGAUUACCAAUAUCAAAUCAAUUCUGUGGGGAUUUACAAAGUCAUUGAGAUCAAAAAGCUUUUAAACUUAAUUUGGGAUGGCAAAACAACCCUGACGCUCCAACUCCAUCCCAGCUUAAAGGGCAAAGUGUGUGGACUGUGUGGAAACUUUGACGGUAAUGCAAAUAACGACUUUGUAAAGCACGAUGGAGAAGUCGUCACUGAUGCGGUGGUGUUUGGGAAUAGCUGGAAAGUGAAACCAAGCUGCCCAGAAGUGGACAGUUUGAAAGACCCUUGUGAGAAAAACCCUCACCGGAGUGUCUGGGCUAUCAAACAAUGCAGCAUCAUUACAAGCAAUGUCUUUCAAGACUGCCAUGCACAUGUGGACUCUGCCCCAUACUAUGAUGCCUGUGUGAGGGACACCUGUGCAUGUGAUUCUGGUGGAGACUGUGAUUGUUUCUGUACAGCAGUGGCUGCUUAUGCGGCUGAAUGCCGAAAGAAAGAGGCUUGCAUUGCAUGGCGGACUCCACAUAUUUGUCCUUUAUUCUGUGACUACUAUAAUGGCCCAGUGGGAGACUGUGAGUGGCACUACAGAGCCUGUGGUUCAGCCUGCAUGAAAACAUGCAAAAACCCAGAAGGGACCUGUUCCAAUCAAAUUCCUCUACUAGAAGGUUGUUUUCCUCAGUGCCCUUCUGACAGGCCAUUUUUAAAGGAAGAAACUCAAAAAUGUGUCACAGAGAUAGAGUGUGCUCCUACGUGUGUAUAUGAUGGGAAGGAGUUCAUGAUUGGAGAAGAAGUGUACCACACCACAGAUGGAAAUGGCUUGUGUUUCAAAGCUGUGUGUGGAUCAAAUGCAACAAUAAUUAGAUAUAUGGAAACUUGUGUCACAACAGCUACACCAUUUACUUUCCAAAGUACAAAAACAUCAACAACACCAACAACCAGACAACCAUCGACAACAACACAACCAACAACAGCUACUAAAACCACUAGUUUGUCCGCAACAACAGGAACACCAACAACACAACCAACAACAGCUAAACAAACCACUGGUGCUUCAACAACUGCAGGACCAUCAACAGAAACAGCAGAAUCAACAACACAAGUAUCAACAACUUCUCAUACAACUGGUUUGUCCACAACUACAGGACCACCAACAACACAACAAACAACAGCUACACAAACCACUGGUGCUUCCACAACUGCAGGACCAUCAACAGAAACAGCAGAAUCAACAACACAAGUAUCAACAACUUUUCAUACAACUGGUUUGUCCACAACUACAGCACCACCAACAACACAACCAACAACAGCUACACAAACCACUGGUGCUUCCACAACUGCAGGACCAUCAACAGAAACAGCACAAUCAACAACACAAGUAUCAACAACUUCUCAUACCACUGGUUUGUCCACAACUACAGGACCAUCAACAGGAACAGCAGAAUCAACAACACAAGUAUCAACAACUUCUCAUACCACUGGUUUGUCCACAACUACAGGACCAUCAACAGGAACAGCAGAAUCAACAACACAAGUAUCAACAACUUCUCAUACAACUGGUUUGUCCACAACUACAGGACCACCAACAACACAACAAACAACAGCUACACAAACCACUGGUGCUUCCACAACUGCAGGACCAUCAACGGAAACAGCAGAAUCAACAACACAAGUAUCAACAACUUCUCAUACAACUGGUUUGUCCACAACUACAGCACCACCAACAACACAACCAACAACAGCUACACAAACCACUGGUGCUUCCACUACUGCAGGACCAUCAACAGAAACCGCACAAUCAACAACACAAGUAUCAACAACUUCUCAUACCACUGGUUUGUCCACAUCAACAGGAACAGCAGAAUCAACAACACAAGUAUCAACAACUUCUCAUACCACUGGUUUGUCCACAACUACAGGACCACCACCAACACAACCAACAACAGCUACACAAAUCACUGAUACGUCCACAACUGCAGGACCAUCAACAGGAACAGCACAAUCUACAACAAAAGUAUCAACAACUUCUCAUACCACUGGUUUGUCAACAACUACAGGACCACCAACAACACAACCAACAAAAGCUACACAAACGACUGGUGCAUCCACAACUGCAAGACCUUCAACAGGAAAAGCACAAUCAACAACACAAGUAUCAACAACUUCUCAUACCACUGGUUUGUCCACAACUACAAGACCACCAACAACACAACCAACAACAGCUACACAAACCACUAGUGCUUACACAACUGCAGGACCAUCAACAGUAACAGCACAAUCAUCAACACAAGUAUCAACAACUUCUCAUACCACUGGUUUGUCCACAACAACAGGAACACCAACAACACAACCAACAACAGCUACACAAACCACUGGUACGUCCACAACUGCAGGACCAUCCACAACUGCAGGACCAUCCACAACUGCAGGACCAUCCACAGGAAUAGUACAAUCAACAACACAAGUAUCAAGAACUUCUCAUGCCACUGGUUUGUCCACAACUACAGGACCACCACCAACAAAACCAACAACAGCUACACAAACCACUGGUGCGUCCACAACUGCAGGACCAUCAACAGGAACAUCACAAUUAACAACACGAGUAUCAACAACUUCUCAUACCACUGGUUUGUCCACAACAACAGGACCACCACCAACAACAGCUACACAAACCACUGGUGCGUCCACAACUGCAGGAACGUCAACGGGAACAGCACAAUCAACAACACAAGUAUCAACAACUUCUCAUACCACUGGUUUGUCCACAACAACAGGACCACCACCAACAAAACCAACAACAGCUACACAAACCACUGGUGCGUCCACAACUGCAGGACCAUCAACAGGAACAUCACAAUUAACAACACAAGUAUCAACAACUUCUCAUACCACUGUUUUGUCCACAAAAACAGGACCACCACCAACAAAACCAACAACAGCUACACAAACCACUGUUGCGUCCACAACUGCAGGACCAUCAACAGGAACAUCACAAUUAACAACACAAGUAUCAACAACUUCUCAUACCACUGGUUUGUCCACAACAACAGGACCACCACCAACAAAACCAACAACAGCUACACAAAUCACUGGUGUGUCCACAACUGUAGGACCAUCAACAGGAACACCACAAUCAACAACACGAGUAUCAACAACUUCUCAUACCACUGGUUUGUCCACAACAACAGGACCACCACCAACAAAACCAACAACAGCUACACAAACCACUGGUGCGUCCACAACUGCAGGAACGUCAACGGGAACAGCACAACCAACAACACAAGUAUCAACAACUUCUCAUACCACUGGUUUGUCCACAACAACAGGACCACCACCAACAAAACCAACAACAGCUACACAAACCACUGGUGCGUCCACAACUGCAGGACCAUCAACAGGAACAUCACAAUCAACAACACAAGUAUCAACAACUUCUCAUACCGCUGGUUUGUCCGCAACAACAGGACCAACACCAACAAAACCAACAACAGCUACACAAACCACUGGUGCGUCCACAACUGCAGGACCAUCAACAGGAACAUCACAAUUAACAACACGAGUAUCAACAACUUCUCAUACCACUGGUUUGUCCACAACAACAGGACCACCACCACCAACAACAGCUCCACAAACCACUGGUGCGUCCACAACUGCAGGAACGUCAACGGGAACACCACAAUCAACAACACAAGUAUCAACAACUUCUUAUACCACUGGUUUGUCCACAACAACAGGACCACCACCAACAAAACCAACAACAGCUACACAAACCACUGGUGCGUCCACAACUGCAGGACCAUCUACAGGAACUCCACAAUCAACAACACGAGUAUCAACAACUUCUUAUACCACUGGUUUGUCCACAACAACAGGACCACCACCAACAAAACCAACAACAGCUACACAAACCACUGGUGCGUCCACAACUGCAGGACCAUCAACAGGAACAUCACAAUUAACAACACAAGUAUCAACAACUUUUCAUACCACUGGUUUGUCCACAACAACAGGACCACCACCAACAAAACCAACAACAGCUACACAAACCACUGUUGCGUCCACAACUGUAGGACCAUCAACAGGAACACCACAAUCAACAACACGAGUAUCAACAACUUCUCAUACCACUGGUUUGUCCACAACUACAGGACCACCACCAACAAAACCAACAACAGCUACACAAACCACUGGUGCGUCCACAACUGCAGGACCAUCAACAGGAACAUCACAAUUAACAACACAAGUAUCAACAACUUCUCAUACCACUGGUUUGUCCACAACAACAGGACCACCAACAACACAACCAACAACAGCUACACAAACCACUGGUGCGUCCACAACUGCAGGAACGUCAACGGGAACAGCACAAUCAACAACACAAGUAUCAACAACUUCUCAUACCACUGGUUUGUCCACAAUAACAGGACCACCAACAACACAACCAACAACAGCUACACAAACCACUGGUGCGUCCACAACUGCAGGACCAUCAACAGGAACACCACAAUCAACAACACAAGUAUCAACAACUUCUCUUACCACUGGUUUGUCCACAACAACAGGACCACCACCAACAAAACCAACAACAGCUACACAAACCACUGGUGCGUCCACAACUGCAGGAACGUCAACGGGAACACCACAAUCAACAACACAAGUAUCAACAACUUCUCAUACCACUGGUUUGUCCACAACAACAGGACCACCACCAACAAAACCAACAACAGCUACACAAACCACUGGUGCGUCCACAACUGCAGGACCAUCAACAGGAACAUCACAAUCAACAACACAAGUAUCAACAACUUCUCAUACCACUGGUUUGUCCACAACAACAGGACCACCACCAACAAAACCAACAACAGCUACACAAACCACUGGUGCGUCCACAACUGCAGGACCAUCAACAGGAACAUCACAAUUAACUACACAAGUAUCAACAACUUCUCAUACCACUGUUUUGUCCACAACAACAGGACCACCACCAACAAAACCAACAACAGCUACACAAACCACUGGUGCGUCCACAACUGCAGGAACGUCAACGGGAACAACACAAUCAACAACACAAGUAUCAACAACUUCUCAUACCACUGGUUUGUCCACAACAACAGGACCACCACCAACAAAACCAACAACAGCUACACAAACCACUGGUGCGUCCACAACUGCAGGACCAUCAACAGGAACAUCACAAUCAACAACACAAGUAUCAACAACUUCUCAUACCGCUGGUUUGUCCGCAACAACAGGACCAACACCAACAAAACCAACAACAGCUACACAAACCACUGGUGCGUCCACAACUGCAGGACCAUCAACAGGAACAUCACAAUUAACAACACGAGUAUCAACAACUUCUCAUACCACUGGUUUGUCCACAACAACAGGACCACCACCACCAACAACAGCUACACAAACCACUGGUGCGUCCACAACUGCAGGAACGUCAACGGGAACACCACAAUCAACAACACAAGUAUCAACAACUUCUCAUACCACUGGUUUGUCCACAACAACAGGACCACCACCAACAAAACCAACAACAGCUACACAAACCACUGGUGCGUCCACAACUGCAGGACCAUCAACAGGAACACCACAAUCAACAACACAAGUAUCAACAACUUCUCAUACCACUGGUUUGUCCACAACAACAGGACCGCCACCAACAAAACCAACAACAGCUACACAAACCACUGGUGUGUCCACAACUGUAGGACCAUCAACAGGAACACCACAAUCAACAACACGAGUAUCAACAACUUCUCAUACCACUGGUUUGUCCACAACAACAGGACCACCACCCACAAAACCAACAACAGCUACACACACCACUGGUGUGUCCACAACUGUAGGACCAUCAACAGGAACACCACAAUCAACAACACGAGUAUCAACAACUUCUCAUACCACUGGUUUGUCCACAACUACAGGACCACCACCAACAAAACCAACAACAGCAACACAAACCACUGGUGCGUCCACAACUGCAGGACCAUCAACAGGAACAUCACAAUUAACAACACGAGUAUCAACAACUUCUCAUACCACUGGUUUGUCCACAACAACAGGACCACCACCAACAAAACCAACAACAGCUACACAAAUCACUGGUGUGUCCACAACUGUAGGACCAUCAACAGGAACACCACAAUCAACAACACGAGUAUCAACAACUUCUCAUACCACUGGUUUGUCCACAACAACAGGACCACCACCAACAAAACCAACAACAGCUACACAAACCACUGGUGCGUCCACAACUGCAGGAACGUCAACGGGAACAGCACAACCAACAACACAAGUAUCAACAACUUCUCAUACCACUGGUUUGUCCACAACAACAGGACCACCACCAACAAAACCAACAACAGCUACACAAACCACUGGUGCGUCCACAACUGCAGGACCAUCAACAGGAACAUCACAAUCAACAACACAAGUAUCAACAACUUCUCAUACCGCUGGUUUGUCCGCAACAACAGGACCAACACCAACAAAACCAACAACAGCUACACAAACCACUGGUGCGUCCACAACUGCAGGACCAUCAACAGGAACAUCACAAUUAACAACACGAGUAUCAACAACUUCUCAUACCACUGGUUUGUCCACAACAACAGGACCACCACCAACAACAGCUACACAAACCACUGGUGCGUCCACAACUGUAGGACCAUCAACAGGAACAUCACAAUUAACAACACAAGUAUCAACAACUUCUCAUACCACUGGUUUGUCCACAACAACAGGACCACCACCAACAAAACCAACAACAGCUACACAAACCACUGGUGCGUCCACAACUGUAGGACCAUCAACAGGAACACCACAAUCAACAACACGAGUAUCAACAACUUCUCAUACCACUGGUUUGUCCACAACUACAGGACCACCACCAACAAAACCAACAACAGCUACACAAACCACUGGUGCGUCCACAACUGCAGGACCAUCAACAGGAACAUCACAAUUAACAACACAAGUAUCAACAACUUCUCAUACCACUGGUUUGUCCACAACAACAGGACCACCAACAACACAACCACCAACAACAGCUACACAAACCACUGGUGCGUCCACAACUGCAGGAACGUCAACGGGAACAGCACAAUCAACAACACAAGUAUCAACAACUUCUCAUACCACUGGUUUGUCCACAAUAACAGGACCACCAACAACACAACCAACAACAGCUACACAAACCACUGGUGCGUCCACAACUGCAGGACCAUCAACAGGAACACCACAAUCAACAACACAAGUAUCAACAACUUCUCUUACCACUGGUUUGUCCACAACAACAGGACCACCACCAACAAAACCAACAACAGCUACACAAACCACUGGUGUGUCCACAACUGCAGGAACGUCAACGGGAACACCACAAUCAACAACACAAGUAUCAACAACUUCUCAUACCACUGGUUUGUCCACAACAACAGGACCACCACCAACAAAACCAACAACAGCUACACAAACCACUGGUGCGUCCACAACUGCAGGACCAUCAACAGGAACAUCACAAUCAACAACACAAGUAUCAACAACUUCUCAUACCACUGGUUUGUCCACAACAACAGGACCACCACCAACAAAACCAACAACAGCUACACAAACCGCUGGUGCGUCCACAACUGCAGGACCAUCAACAGGAACAUCACAAUUAACUACACAAGUAUCAACAACUUCUCAUACCACUGGUUUGUCCACAACAACAGGACCACCACCAACAAAACCAACAACAGCUACACAAACCACUGGUGCGUCCACAACUGCAGGACCAUCAACAGGAACAUCACAAUCAACAACACAAGUAUCAACAACUUCUCAUACCGCUGGUUUGUCCGCAACAACAGGACCAACACCAACAAAACCAACAACAGCUACACAAACCACUGGUGCGUCCACAACUGCAGGACCAUCAACAGGAACAUCACAAUUAACAACACGAGUAUCAACAACUUCUCAUACCACUGGUUUGUCCACAACAACAGGACCACCACCACCAACAACAGCUACACAAACCACUGGUGCGUCCACAACUGCAGAAACGUCAACGGGAACACCACAAUCAACAACACAAGUAUCAACAACUUCUCAUACCACUGGUUUGUCCACAACAACAGGACCACCACCAACAAAACCAACAACAGCUACACAAACCACUGGUGCGUCCACAACUGCAGGACCAUCAACAGGAACACCACAAUCAACAACACAAGUAUCAACAACUUCUCAUACCACUGGUUUGUCCACAACAACAGGACCACCACCAACAAAACCAACAACAGCUACACAAACCACUGGUGUGUCCACAACUGUAGGACCAUCAACAGGAACACCACAAUCAACAACACGAGUAUCAACAACUUCUCAUACCACUGGUUUGUCCACAACAACAGGACCACCACCCACAAAACCAACAACAGCUACACAAACCACUGGUGUGUCCACAACUGUAGGACCAUCAACAGGAACACCACAAUCAACAACACGAGUAUCAACAACUUCUCAUACCACUGGUUUGUCCACAACUACAGGACCACCACCAACAAAACCAACAACAGCAACACAAACCACUGGUGCGUCCACAACUGCAGGACCAUCAACAGGAACAUCACAAUUAACAACACGAGUAUCAACAACUUCUCAUACCACUGGUUUGUCCACAACAACAGGACCACCAACAACACAACCAACAACAGCUACACAAACCACUGGUGCGUCCACAACUGCAGGAACGUCAACGGGAACACCACAAUCAACAACACAAGUAUCAACAACUUCUCAUACCACUGGUUUGUCCACAACAACAGGACCACCACCAACAAAACCAACAACAGCUACACAAACCACUGGUGCGUCUACAACUGCAGGACCAUCAACAGGAACACCACAAUCAACAACACAAGUAUCAACAACUUCUCAUACCACUGGUUUGUCCACAACAACAGGACCACCACCAACAAAACCAACAACAGCUACACAAACCACUGGUGCGUCCACAACUGCAGGAACGUCAACGGGAACACCACAAUCAACAACACAAGUAUCAACAACUUCUCAUACCACUGGUUUGUCCACAACAACAGGACCACCACCAACAAAACCAACAACAGCUACACAAACCACUGGUGCGUCCACAACUGCAGGACCAUCAACAGGAACACCACAAUCAACAACACGAGUAUCAACAACUUCUCAUACCACUGGUUUGUCCACAACAACAGGACCACCACCAACAAAACCAACAACAGCUACACAAACCACUGGUGUGUCCACAACUGUAGGACCAUCAACAGGAACACCACAAUCAACAACACGAGUAUCAACAACUUCUCAUACCACUGGUUUGUCCACAACAACAGGACCACCACCCACAAAACCAACAACAGCUACACAAACCACUGGUGUGUCCACAACUGUAGGACCAUCAACAGGAACACCACAAUCAACAACACGAGUAUCAACAACUUCUCAUACCACUGGUUUGUCCACAACAACAGGACCACCAACAACACAACCAACAACAGCUACACAAACCACUGGUGCGUCCACAACUGCAGGACCAUCAACAGGAACAUCACAAUCAACAACACAAGUAUCAACAACUUCUCAUACCACUGGUUUGUCCACAACAACAGGACCACCACCAACAAAACCAACAACAGCUACACAAACCACUGGUGCGUCCACAACUGCAGGACCAUCAACAGGAACAUCACAAUUAUCAACACAAGUAUCAACAACUUCUCAUACCACUGGUUUGUCCACAACAACAGGACCACCAACAACACAACCAACAACAGCUACACAAACCACUGGUGCGUCCACAACUGCAGGACCAUCAACAGGAACACCACAAUCAACAACACAAGUAUCAACAACUUCUCAUACCACUGGUUUGUCUACAACAACAGGACCACCACCAACAAAACCAACAACAGCUACACAAACCACUGGUGCGUCCACAACUGCAGGAACGUCAACGGGAACAGCACAAGCAACAACACAAGUAUCAACAACUUCUCAUACCACUGUUUUGUCCACAACAACAGGACCACCAACAACACAACCAACAUCAGCUACACAAACCACUGGUGCGUCCACAACUGCAGGACCAUCAACAGGAACACCACAAUCAACAACACGAGUAUCAACAACUUCUCAUACCACUGGUUUGUCCACAACAACAGGACCACCACCAACAAAACCAACAACAGCUACACAAACCACUGGUGUGUCCACAACUGUAGGACCAUCAACAGGAACACCACAAUCAACAACACGAGUAUCAACAACUUCUCAUACCACUGGUUUGUCCACAACAACAGGACCACCACCAACAAAACCAACAACAGCCACACAAACCACUGGUGUGUCCACAACUGCAGGAAAGUCAACGGGAACACCACAAUCAACAACACAAGUAUCAACAACUUCUCAUACCACUGGUUUGUCCACAACAACAGGACCACCACCAACAAAACCAACAACAGCGACACAAACCACUGGUGCGUCCACAACUGCAGGAACAUCAACAGGAACACCACAAUCAACAACACGAGUAUCAACAACUUCUCAUACCACUGGUUUGUCCACAACAACAGGACCACCACCAACAAAACCAACAACAGCUACACAAACCACUGGUGUGUCCACAACUGUAGGACCAUCAACAGGAACACCACAAUCAACAACACGAGUAUCAACAACUUCUCAUACCACUGGUUUGUCCACAACUACAGGACCACCACCAACAAACCCAACAACAGCUACACAAACCACUGGUGCAUCCACAACUGCAGGAACGUCAAUGGGAACAGCACAAUCAACAACACAAGUAUCAACAACUUCUCAUACCACUGGUUUGUCCACAACAACAGGACCACCACCAACAAAACCAACAACAGCUACACAAACCACUGGUGUGUCCACAACUGCAGGACCAUCAACAGGAACACCACAAUCAACAACACAAGUAUCAACAACUUCUCAUACCACUGGUUUGUCCACAACAACAGGACCACCACCAACAAAACCAACAACAGCUACACAAACCACUGGUGCGUCCACAACUGCAGGACCAUCAACAGGAACACCACAAUCAACAACACAAGUAUCAACAACUUCUCAUACCACUGGUUUGUCCACAACAACAGGACCACCACCAACAAAACCAACAACAGCUACACAAACCACUGGUGCGUCCACAACUGCAGGAACGUCAACGGGAACACCACAAUCAACAACACAAGUAUCAACAACUUCUCAUACCACUGGUUUGUCCACAACAACAGGACCACCACCAACAAAACCAACAACAGCUACACAAACCACUGGUGCGUCCACAACUGCAGGACCAUCAACAGGAACACCACAAUCAACAACACGAGUAUCAACAACUUCUCAUACCACUGGUUUGUCCACAACAACAGGACCACCACCAACAAAACCAACAACAGCUACACAAACCACUGGUGUGUCCACAACUGUAGGACCAUCAACAGGAACACCACAAUCAACAACACGAGUAUCAACAACUUCUCAUACCACUGGUUUGUCCACAACUACAGGACCACCACCAACAAACCCAACAACAGCUACACAAACCACUGGUGCAUCCACAACUGCAGGAACGUCAACGGGAACACCACAAUCAACAACACAAGUAUCAACAACUUCUCAUACCACUGGUUUGUCCACAACAACAGGACCACCACCAACAAAACCAACAACAGCUACACAAACCACUGGUGCAUCCACAACUGCAGGAACGUCAACGGGAACAGCACAAUCAACAACACAAGUAUCAACAACUUCUCAUACCACUGGUUUGUCCACAACAACAGGACCACCAACAACACAACCAACAACAGCUACACAAACCACUGGUGCGUCCACAACUGCAGGACCAUCAACAGGAACACCACAAUCAACAACACAAGUAUCAACAACUUCUCAUACCACUGGUUUGUCCACAACAACAGGACCACCACCAACAAAACCAACAACAGCUACACAAACCAGUGGUGCGUCCACAACUGCAGGAACGUCAACGGGAACACCACAAUCAACAACACAAGUAUCAACAACUUCUCAUACCACUGGUUUGUCCACAACAACAGGACCACCACCAACAAAACCAACAACAGCUACACAAACCACUGGUGCGUCCACAACUGUAGGACCAUCAACAGGAACACCACAAUCAACAACACGAGUAUCAACAACUUCUCAUACCACUGGUUUGUCCACAACAACAGGACCACCACCAACAAAACCAACAACAGCUACACAAACCACUGGUGCGUCCACAACUGCAGGAACGUCAACGGGAACACCACAAUCAACAACACAAGUAUCAACAACUUCUCAUACCACUGGUUUGUCCACAACAACAGGACCACCACCAACAAAACCAACAACAGCUACACAAACCACUGGUGCGUCCACAACUGCAGGACCAUCAACAGGAACAUCACAAUCAACAACACAAGUAUCAACAACUUCUCAUACCACUGGUUUGUCCACAACAACAGGACCACCACCAACAAAACCAACAACAGCUACACAAACCACUGGUGCGUCCACAACUGCAGGACCAUCAACAGGAACAUCACAAUUAACUACACAAGUAUCAACAACUUCUCAUACCACUGGUUUGUCCACAACAACAGGACCACCACCAACAAAACCAACAACAGCUACACAAACCACUGGUGCGUCCACAACUGCAGGACCAUCAACAGGAACAUCACAAUCAACAACACAAGUAUCAACAACUUCUCAUACCGCUGGUUUGUCCGCAACAACAGGACCAACACCAACAAAACCAACAACAGCUACACAAACCACUGGUGCGUCCACAACUGCAGGACCAUCAACAGGAACAUCACAAUUAACAACACGAGUAUCAACAACUUCUCAUACCACUGGUUUGUCCACAACAACAGGACCACCACCACCAACAACAGCUACACAAACCACUGGUGCGUCCACAACUGCAGAAACGUCAACGGGAACACCACAAUCAACAACACAAGUAUCAACAACUUCUCAUACCACUGGUUUGUCCACAACAACAGGACCACCACCAACAAAACCAACAACAGCUACACAAACCACUGGUGCGUCCACAACUGCAGGACCAUCAACAGGAACACCACAAUCAACAACACAAGUAUCAACAACUUCUCAUACCACUGGUUUGUCCACAACAACAGGACCACCACCAACAAAACCAACAACAGCUACACAAACCACUGGUGUGUCCACAACUGUAGGACCAUCAACAGGAACACCACAAUCAACAACACGAGUAUCAACAACUUCUCAUACCACUGGUUUGUCCACAACAACAGGACCACCACCCACAAAACCAACAACAGCUACACAAACCACUGGUGUGUCCACAACUGUAGGACCAUCAACAGGAACACCACAAUCAACAACACGAGUAUCAACAACUUCUCAUACCACUGGUUUGUCCACAACUACAGGACCACCACCAACAAAACCAACAACAGCAACACAAACCACUGGUGCGUCCACAACUGCAGGACCAUCAACAGGAACAUCACAAUUAACAACACGAGUAUCAACAACUUCUCAUACCACUGGUUUGUCCACAACAACAGGACCACCAACAACACAACCAACAACAGCUACACAAACCACUGGUGCGUCCACAACUGCAGGAACGUCAACGGGAACACCACAAUCAACAACACAAGUAUCAACAACUUCUCAUACCACUGGUUUGUCCACAACAACAGGACCACCACCAACAAAACCAACAACAGCUACACAAACCACUGGUGCGUCUACAACUGCAGGACCAUCAACAGGAACACCACAAUCAACAACACAAGUAUCAACAACUUCUCAUACCACUGGUUUGUCCACAACAACAGGACCACCACCAACAAAACCAACAACAGCUACACAAACCACUGGUGCGUCCACAACUGCAGGAACGUCAACGGGAACACCACAAUCAACAACACAAGUAUCAACAACUUCUCAUACCACUGGUUUGUCCACAACAACAGGACCACCACCAACAAAACCAACAACAGCUACACAAACCACUGGUGCGUCCACAACUGCAGGACCAUCAACAGGAACACCACAAUCAACAACACGAGUAUCAACAACUUCUCAUACCACUGGUUUGUCCACAACAACAGGACCACCACCAACAAAACCAACAACAGCUACACAAACCACUGGUGUGUCCACAACUGUAGGACCAUCAACAGGAACACCACAAUCAACAACACGAGUAUCAACAACUUCUCAUACCACUGGUUUGUCCACAACAACAGGACCACCACCCACAAAACCAACAACAGCUACACAAACCACUGGUGUGUCCACAACUGUAGGACCAUCAACAGGAACACCACAAUCAACAACACGAGUAUCAACAACUUCUCAUACCACUGGUUUGUCCACAACAACAGGACCACCAACAACACAACCAACAACAGCUACACAAACCACUGGUGCGUCCACAACUGCAGGACCAUCAACAGGAACAUCACAAUCAACAACACAAGUAUCAACAACUUCUCAUACCACUGGUUUGUCCACAACAACAGGACCACCACCAACAAAACCAACAACAGCUACACAAACCACUGGUGCGUCCACAACUGCAGGACCAUCAACAGGAACAUCACAAUUAUCAACACAAGUAUCAACAACUUCUCAUACCACUGGUUUGUCCACAACAACAGGACCACCAACAACACAACCAACAACAGCUACACAAACCACUGGUGCGUCCACAACUGCAGGACCAUCAACAGGAACACCACAAUCAACAACACGAGUAUCAACAACUUCUCAUACCACUGGUUUGUCCACAACAACAGGACCACCACCAACAAAACCAACAACAGCUACACAAACCACUGGUGUGUCCACAACUGUAGGACCAUCAACAGGAACACCACAAUCAACAACACGAGUAUCAACAACUUCUCAUACCACUGGUUUGUCCACAACAACAGGACCACCACCAACAAAACCAACAACAGCCACACAAACCACUGGUGUGUCCACAACUGCAGGAAAGUCAACGGGAACACCACAAUCAACAACACAAGUAUCAACAACUUCUCAUACCACUGGUUUGUCCACAACAACAGGACCACCACCAACAAAACCAACAACAGCGACACAAACCACUGGUGCGUCCACAACUGCAGGAACAUCAACAGGAACACCACAAUCAACAACACGAGUAUCAACAACUUCUCAUACCACUGGUUUGUCCACAACAACAGGACCACCACCAACAAAACCAACAACAGCUACACAAACCACUGGUGUGUCCACAACUGUAGGACCAUCAACAGGAACACCACAAUCAACAACACGAGUAUCAACAACUUCUCAUACCACUGGUUUGUCCACAACAACAGGACCACCACCAACAAAACCAACAACAGCUACACAAACCACUGGUGCGUCCACAACUGCAGGACCAUCAACAGGAACACCACAAUCAACAACACGAGUAUCAACAACUUCUCAUACCACUGGUUUGUCCACAACAACAGGACCACCACCAACAAAACCAACAACAGCUACACAAACCACUGGUGUGUCCACAACUGUAGGACCAUCAACAGGAACACCACAAUCAACAACACGAGUAUCAACAACUUCUCAUACCACUGGUUUGUCCACAACUACAGGACCACCACCAACAAACCCAACAACAGCUACACAAACCACUGGUGCAUCCACAACUGCAGGAACGUCAACGGGAACACCACAAUCAACAACACAAGUAUCAACAACUUCUCAUACCACUGGUUUGUCCACAACAACAGGACCACCACCAACAAAACCAACAACAGCUACACAAACCACUGGUGCAUCCACAACUGCAGGAACGUCAACGGGAACAGCACAAUCAACAACACAAGUAUCAACAACUUCUCAUACCACUGGUUUGUCCACAACAACAGGACCACCAACAACACAACCAACAACAGCUACACAAACCACUGGUGCGUCUACAACUGCAGGACCAUCAACAGGAACACCACAAUCAACAACACAAGUAUCAACAACUUCUCAUACCACUGGUUUGUCCACAACAACAGGACCACCACCAACAAAACCAACAACAGCUACACAAACCACUGGUGCGUCCACAACUGCAGGAACGUCAACGGGAACACCACAAUCAACAACACAAGUAUCAACAACUUCUCAUACCACUGGUUUGUCCACAACAACAGGACCACCACCAACAAAACCAACAACAGCUACACAAACCACUGGUGCGUCCACAACUGCAGGACCAUCAACAGGAACACCACAAUCAACAACACGAGUAUCAACAACUUCUCAUACCACUGGUUUGUCCACAACAACAGGACCACCACCAACAAAACCAACAACAGCUACACAAACCACUGGUGUGUCCACAACUGUAGGACCAUCAACAGGAACACCACAAUCAACAACACGAGUAUCAACAACUUCUCAUACCACUGGUUUGUCCACAACAACAGGACCACCACCCACAAAACCAACAACAGCUACACAAACCACUGGUGUGUCCACAACUGUAGGACCAUCAACAGGAACACCACAAUCAACAACACGAGUAUCAACAACUUCUCAUACCACUGGUUUGUCCACAACAACAGGACCACCAACAACACAACCAACAACAGCUACACAAACCACUGGUGCGUCCACAACUGCAGGACCAUCAACAGGAACAUCACAAUCAACAACACAAGUAUCAACAACUUCUCAUACCACUGGUUUGUCCACAACAACAGGACCACCACCAACAAAACCAACAACAGCUACACAAACCACUGGUGCGUCCACAACUGCAGGACCAUCAACAGGAACAUCACAAUUAUCAACACAAGUAUCAACAACUUCUCAUACCACUGGUUUGUCCACAACAACAGGACCACCAACAACACAACCAACAACAGCUACACAAACCACUGGUGCGUCCACAACUGCAGGACCAUCAACAGGAACACCACAAUCAACAACACGAGUAUCAACAACUUCUCAUACCACUGGUUUGUCCACAACAACAGGACCACCACCAACAAAACCAACAACAGCUACACAAACCACUGGUGUGUCCACAACUGUAGGACCAUCAACAGGAACACCACAAUCAACAACACGAGUAUCAACAACUUCUCAUACCACUGGUUUGUCCACAACAACAGGACCACCACCAACAAAACCAACAACAGCCACACAAACCACUGGUGUGUCCACAACUGCAGGAAAGUCAACGGGAACACCACAAUCAACAACACAAGUAUCAACAACUUCUCAUACCACUGGUUUGUCCACAACAACAGGACCACCACCAACAAAACCAACAACAGCGACACAAACCACUGGUGCGUCCACAACUGCAGGAACAUCAACAGGAACACCACAAUCAACAACACGAGUAUCAACAACUUCUCAUACCACUGGUUUGUCCACAACAACAGGACCACCACCAACAAAACCAACAACAGCUACACAAACCACUGGUGUGUCCACAACUGUAGGACCAUCAACAGGAACACCACAAUCAACAACACGAGUAUCAACAACUUCUCAUACCACUGGUUUGUCCACAACAACAGGACCACCACCAACAAAACCAACAACAGCUACACAAACCACUGGUGCGUCCACAACUGCAGGACCAUCAACAGGAACACCACAAUCAACAACACGAGUAUCAACAACUUCUCAUACCACUGGUUUGUCCACAACAACAGGACCACCACCAACAAAACCAACAACAGCUACACAAACCACUGGUGUGUCCACAACUGUAGGACCAUCAACAGGAACACCACAAUCAACAACACGAGUAUCAACAACUUCUCAUACCACUGGUUUGUCCACAACUACAGGACCACCACCAACAAACCCAACAACAGCUACACAAACCACUGGUGCAUCCACAACUGCAGGAACGUCAACGGGAACACCACAAUCAACAACACAAGUAUCAACAACUUCUCAUACCACUGGUUUGUCCACAACAACAGGACCACCACCAACAAAACCAACAACAGCUACACAAACCACUGGUGCAUCCACAACUGCAGGAACGUCAACGGGAACAGCACAAUCAACAACACAAGUAUCAACAACUUCUCAUACCACUGGUUUGUCCACAACAACAGGACCACCAACAACACAACCAACAACAGCUACACAAACCACUGGUGCGUCCACAACUGCAGGACCAUCAACAGGAACACCACAAUCAACAACACAAGUAUCAACAACUUCUCAUACCACUGGUUUGUCCACAACAACAGGACCACCACCAACAAAACCAACAACAGCUACACAAACCACUGGUGCGUCCACAACUGCAGGAACGUCAACGGGAACACCACAAUCAACAACACAAGUAUCAACAACUUCUCAUACCACUGGUUUGUCCACAACAACAGGACCACCACCAACAAAACCAACAACAGCUACACAAACCACUGGUGCGUCCACAACUGUAGGACCAUCAACAGGAACACCACAAUCAACAACACGAGUAUCAACAACUUCUCAUACCACUGGUUUGUCCACAACAACAGGACCAACACCAACAAAACCAACAACAGCUACACAAACCACUGGUGUGUCCACAACUGUAGGACCAUCAACAGGAACACCACAAUCAACAACACGAGUAUCAACAACUUCUCAUACCACUGGUUUGUCCACAACUACAGGACCACCACCAACAAAACCAACAACAGCUACACAAACCACUGGUGCGUCCACAACUGCAGGAACGUCAACGGGAACAGCACAAUCAACAGCACAAGUAUCAACAACUUCUCAUACCACUGGUUUGUCCACAACAACAGGACCACCACCAACACAACCAACAACAGCUACACAAACCACUGGUGCGUCCACAACUGCAGGACCAUCAACAAGAACACCACAAUCAACAACACAAGUAUCAACAACUUCUCAUACCACUGGUUUGUCCACAACAACAGGACCACCACCAACAAAACCAACAACAGCUACACAAACCACUGGUGCGUCCACAACUGCAGGAACGUCAACGGGAACACCACAAUCAACAACACAAGUAUCAACAACUUCUCAUACCACUGGUUUGUCCACAACAACAGGACCACCACCAACAAAACCAACAACAGCUACACAAACCACUGGUGCGUCCACAACUGUAGGACCAUCAACAGGAACACCACAAUCAACAACACGAGUAUCAACAACUUCUCAUACCACUGGUUUGUCCACAACAACAGGACCACCACCAACAAAACCAACAACAGCUACACAAACCACUGGUGUGUCCACAACUGUAGGACCAUCAACAGGAACACCACAAUCAACAACACGAGUAUCAACAACUUCUCAUACGACUGGUUUGUCCACAACUACAGGACCACCACCAACAAAACCAACAACAGCUACACAAACCACUGGUGCGUCCACAACUGCAGGAACGUCAACGGGAACAGCACAAUCAACAGCACAAGUAUCAACAACUUCUCAUACCACUGGUUUGUCCACAACAACAGGACCACCACCAACACAACCAACAACAGCUACACAAACCACUGGUGCGUCCACAACUGCAGGACCAUCAACAAGAACACCACAAUCAACAACACAAGUAUCAACAACUUCUCAUACCACUGGUUUGUCCACAACAACAGGACCACCACCAACAAAACCAACAACAGCUACACAAACCACUGGUGCGUCCACAACUGUAGGACCAUCAACAGGAACACCACAAUCAACAACACGAGUAUCAACAACUUCUCAUACCACUGGUUUGUCCACAACAACAGGACCACCACCAACAAAACCAACAACAGCUACACAAACCACUGGUGUGUCCACAACUGUAGGACCAUCAACAGGAACACCACAAUCAACAACACAAGUAUCAACAACUUCUCAUACCACUGGUUUGUCCACAACAACAGGACCACCACCAACAAAACCAACAACAGCUACACAAACCACUGGUGUGUCCACAACUGUAGGACCAUCAACAGGAACACCACAAUCAACAACACAAGUAUCAACAACUUCUCAUACCACUGGUUUGUCCACAACAACAGGACCACCACCAACAAAACCAACAACAGCUACACAAACCACUGGUGUGUCCACAACUGCAGGAACGUCAACGGGAACACCACAAUCAACAACACAAGUAUCAACAACUUCUCAUACCACUGGUUUGUCCACAACAACAGGACCACCACCAACAAAACCAACAACAGCUACACAAACCACUGGUGCGUCUACAACUGCAGGACCAUCAACAAGAACAUCACAAUUAACAACACAAGUAUCAACAACUUCUCAUACCACUGGUUUGUCCACAACAACAGGACCACCAACAACACAACCAACAACAGCUACACAAACCACUGGUGCGUCCACAACUGCAGGACCAUCAACAGGAACACCACAAUCAACAACACAAGUAUCAACAACUUCUCAUCCCACUGGUUUGUCCACAACAACAGGACCACCACCAACAAAACCAACAACAGCUACACAAACCACUGGUGUGUCCACAACUGCAGGAACGUCAACGGGAACACCACAAUCAACAACACGAGUAUCAACAACUUCUCAUACCACUGGUUUGUCCACAACAACAGGACCACCACCAACAAAACCAACAACAGCUACACAAACCACUGGUGUGUCCACAACUGUAGGACCAUCAACAGGAACACCACAAUCAACAACACAAGUAUCAACAACUUCUCAUACCACUGGUUUGUCCACAACAACAGGACCACCACCAACAAAACCAACAACAGCUACACAAACCACUGGUGUGUCCACAACUGUAGGACCAUCAACAGGAACACCACAAUCAACAACACAAGUAUCAACAACUUCUCAUACCACUGGUUUGUCCACAACAACAGGACCACCACCAACAAAACCAACAACAGCUACACAAACCACUGGUGUGUCCACAACUGCAGGAACGUCAACGGGAACACCACAAUCAACAACACAAGUAUCAACAACUUCUCAUACCACUGGUUUGUCCACAACAACAGGACCACCACCAACAAAACCAACAACAGCUACACAAACCACUGGUGCGUCUACAACUGCAGGACCAUCAACAGGAACAUCACAAUUAACAACACAAGUAUCAACAACUUCUCAUACCACUGGUUUGUCCACAACAACAGGACCACCAACAACACAACCAACAACAGCUACACAAACCACUGGUGCGUCCACAACUGCAGGACCAUCAACAGGAACACCACAAUCAACAACACAAGUAUCAACAACUUCUCAUACCACUGGUUUGUCCACAACAACAGGACCACCACCAACAAAACCAACAACAGCUACACAAACCACUGGUGUGUCCACAACUGCAGGAACGUCAACGGGAACACCACAAUCAACAACACAAGUAUCAACAACUUCUCAUACCACUGGUUUGUCCACAACAACAGGACCACCAACAACACAACCAACAACAGCUACACAAACCACUGGUGCGUCCACAACUGCAGGACCAUCAACAGGAACACCACAAUCAACAACACAAGUAUCAACAACUUCUCAUACCACUGGUUUGUCCACAACAACAGGACCACCACCAACAAAACCAACAACAGCUACACAAACCACUGGUGCGUCCACAACUGCAGGACCAUCAACAGGAACAUCACAAUUAUCAACACAAGUAUCAACAACUUCUCAUACCACUGGUUUGUCCACAACAACAGGACCACCAACAACACAACCAACAACAGCUACACAAACCACUGGUGCGUCCACAACUGCAGGACCAUCAACAGGAACACCACAAUCAACAACACAAGUAUCAACAACUUCUCAUACCACUGGUUUGUCCACAACAACAGGACCACCACCAACAAAACCAACAACAGCUACACAAACCACUGGUGCGUCCACAACUGCAGGAACGUCAACAGGAACAGCACAAGCAACAACACAAGUAUCAACAACUUCUCAUACCACUGUUUUGUCCACAACAACAGGACCACCAACAACACAACCAACAUCAGCUACACAAACCACUGGUGCGUCCACAACUGCAGGACCAUCAACAGGAACACCACAAUCAACAACACAAGUAUCAACAACUUCUCAUACCACUGGUUUGUCCACAACAACAGGACCACCACCAACAAAACCAACAACAGCUACACAAACCACUGGUGCAUCCACAACUGCAGGAACGUCAACGGGAACACCACAAUCAACAACACAAGUAUCAACAACUUCUCAUACCACUGGUUUGUCCACAACUACAGGACCAUCAACAGGAACAACACAACCAACUACACAACUAACAAAAGAAACUGCUACUUCCACCAUUACUGCUACAACAUCAAAACCAUUAUCUACAACAGUGACAGAAACAUCAACAAAGUUUACAGUCUUCACACAAUUAACUAAAAGAACAUCUCCUUCCACUUUACAGCAAAUAACAAGUUGUCACUGCACAUUCGCAAAUGCAACAUUCCCUCCAGGGUCUAUCAUAUACAACCAAACUGAUAAAGCAGACUGGUGCUACACUGCUUACUGCAACUCAAGUUGUUUUGUUGAAGUAACGAAGAACCCGUGUUAUAAAACUACUACAGUUCCAGUUUCAACAGUUCCAAAAGAUUGUAAUGAUGUCAACCGAAAGAAUGGAGAAUCGUGGACUGAAGAAUGUAUGACGAAAACGUGCACAGGAGGGACGGUGACCUCCACCCCUGUACAGUGUGACACAAAUGAUGCCGUGGUACCUACGUGUGCUAAUGGACUAACACCUGAGAAAGUGUAUUACAACAAUGGCUGCUGCUCUAAAUAUGAAUGCCAAUGUAAAUGCAGUGGCUGGGGUGACCCUCACUACAAAACAUUUGAUGGAACAUAUUAUGCUUUCCAAGGAAACUGUUCCUAUGUUUUGGUCAAAGAAAUUGUUCCUAAAUAUGAUUUCAAUGUCCACGUUAAAAACUAUUACUGUAACACUGCAAAAAAUUUUGCUUGCCCGGAGUAUGUGAUUGUGAACUACAAAUCCUAUAAUAUCAAGAUGACAAGCUAUAGUGAGGAUAUUCAGGUCUAUGUCAAUAAUGAUGUAAAGAUCCCAACAUAUAGUAAUGAAGACUUUACCAUCACCACAUCUGGAAUGGCUGUGACUUUGAGCAUCCCUGAAAUUAAAGCAGAAAUUUUAGUUAAUCAUCAUGGUUUUGAGGUCAAACUUCCAUUCUCUCAAUUUAGUGGUAAUACAGAAGGACAGUGUGGGGUCUGUGACAACAACCCUGCAAAUGACUGCAGACGUCCCGAUGGACAAACGGACGAAUCAUGUGGGAAUAUGGCACAACUGUGGGCAGACAGCCCAGAAUGUCAAGCCUCUCCACAACCACCAUCUACAGGCUCCAGCUGCAAUGCACAAAACUGUGAACUCAUCAAAAGCGAUUUGUUCAAGAGUUGCCAUGCAGUGGUGCCCUAUCAAAGCUACUAUGACGCAUGUAAAUAUGACAUAUGCAACAAGAAAAGUGAAUCAAUGGCCUGUACCAGUCUGGAGGCCUAUGCACGGACGUGUGGUGAGGCGUCUAUCUGUAUUGACUGGAGAAACUCAACUGAACCUAAAGGACUCUGCGACUACAAGUGUCCCGAUCACAAAGUCUACAAGGCAUGUGGACCAAAGGUUGAAAAAACCUGCAGUACAAGAUACAACGAAAUGUUUGUGCACAAUGAGUGCCAAGAUCCAAAGUAUAUGGAAGGCUGUUUCUGUCCAGAUAACACAUAUCUACUUAGCUCAACGUCAGAUCAAUGUACAGCUAACUGCGAUUGCAUUGGCCCCGAUGGAUUAUCUAGACAGCCUGGGGAUUCAUGGACCAUCAACUGUACAACAUAUAGGUGUUCCAGUGAGAGCUUUGGUGUUGUGCAAGAGCCUGUUAAGUGUCCAGAAACAAAGCCCUGUGGCGAACAAUACAAAACAACUAUAACAAACUGCUGUCCAACAUGUGAAUGCAAUAUGGAGCUGUGUCUUAUGAAGAAAUGUGACAUUGGAUACGAGUUAGCAACAACUAAAUCUGAGGACAGCUGCUGUCCAGCCUGUGUGCCCAAAAAUGUCUGUGUUUACAAUGACAAUGAGUACAAGCCUGGUGUUGAAAUCCCAACAGAUUCAUGCAACUAUUGCACAUGUGGAAUGGACAAGAACCCACAGACUAACCUAAAUAUUAUGCAAUGUUCUCCAAUAAAAUGUGAACCCUGUGGAGAGGGCUUUGAAGAGGUAAAGGUUGAAGGAGAGUGUUGUGGAAAAUGUAAGCAAACAGGAUGUUUGUACAAAAACGCAAACAACGUCUCACAAAUUCUCAAGGUUGGAGAAAUACACAGUUCUGCAUGUGAGGAGGUGGUCUGCCAGGAGGUUGAUGGAGUGUAUUUGAUUGAAAAGUCAAUAAUGCAUUGCCCGGCCUUUAAUCCAGUUGAUUGUGUGCCGGGGACGGAGAGAAUGGAUGCAAAUGGAUGCUGCAAAAUCUGUGAUCGCAAAAACUGUGCAGUCGUAAGGACCACAGAGAAAGUGAGCGCAAAUGACUGCAUAUCCAUCGAUCCUAUAGAAAUGACGUCCUGCAGUGGCCAAUGUGGUACCAAGUCAAUGUAUUCAAUGGAGCAAGGCUCAAUAAUGCACGUCUGUUCUUGUUGCCGGGAGCUGAAAACUAGCAUUAAAGAAGUGAAGCUGAAGUGUCCAAAUAACAAAGUGAUCUCGCACAAAUACAUCCACAUUGACAGCUGUGAAUGCACUCCAACCAAGUGUGAGGAAUGAAGACCGGAUAACAGAUUAUUUCGCUAUCUAUCAGACCUUGCAUUGAAUAUUUCAGAUUUGAACAUGACUCUGUUACAAUUUAAAAAAAAUUAU